CCGAACCAGACGCUUCCUCCGUGCAGAUAUGGGUCUUUGCUUAGGGAGACCGCAGAUGCUUCCUCCUAACCAUUUCUCGAAUGAGAGCUUGGCUGAUCCACUGGAAGUACUUCACCAAUCGUCCCUCUCUUCUCAUGGCCUAAAAUGUUAUAGCUUCGGUGAGCUCAAUAUUGCGACACAAAAAUUCAGUUCUCAUACCCUUGUUGGUGUGGGAAGUUAUGGUUCCGUCUUCAGAGGCUGGAUAGACCAAAAAACCUUGGCUCCAUCCAAACCAGGCGUUGGGGUAGUAGUGGCUGUCAAGAUGUUUACGAGAAGCCUGUACGGACUUGAUCAAGAUUGGGAAUCUGAUGCCAAAUGCUUGGAGUUGGGCCAGCUCCAACACACAAAUCUCGUAAGAUUGAUUGGGUAUUGCUUGGACUCUGAAAAAAGAUUUCUGGUAUAUGAGUUCAUGGGAAAUGGAAAUUUGGGGAACCAUCUAUGUGACACUUAAAAAAAAAAAUUUAAAAAAAAAAAUUAAAAAAAAAAAAAUUAAUUAAUUUAGUCAAUCAGAUAAAAUGUUACAAAAGUUACAUUUGUCAUAAUUAAGUUGAUAAGUUAAUAUUUCAUAAUGUGUGGUAAGUAGUCAUAAAAUAUAUAUAUAUAUAUAUAUAUAUAUAUAUAUAUAUAUAUAUAUAUAUAUAAAUGAUAGCAUUAAGUUUAAUAGAUAUAUGAUAAUAACAAUAAAUAAUAAAAUAACAAUAAUAAUACGUAACUCUAUAAUACAGUAAUACGUAACUCUAUAAUACGUAAUAAUAAGCUACAAAAGUAAAAAUAAGAAGAGUGGAUUAAAUGACUACAAAGCUAUAUAUUUAUAUAUACGAUAUAUGAAGAAGAUUAACCUACGGACGUAACAAAACAAAAAGCUGCGUACAAAUUAAAGGCAUUCAUCGGAUAAGCCCGAGAAAUAACAAUCCGUUUACAACUCUACUGCUUUAAGCCGAUCUGAUAAAUCGUAGACGACCUAAAACCCUCAGAUUAACAGUAUAAAUAGCAGCUCCUACAUACGUUUUCAUUCACACCAUAGCUCAGCUCCAAACCUAUAUAUAUCUACGUAUAUAUUUAUACACAAAGAUCAACCCUUCGUGGUAGUUCGACGUAGAACAAGCUCGCCAAGGUUUCACCGGGCCAGUCUUCACGACGGAAACCGGAGGAGAAGAAGAAGUUGCCGCCAUCUCCAGUUUACUGCCGACAGUCUCUAUCACCUAAAUACUCCAUUAACCGCCGCCGAGGUAAGCCGUCUCAUACCGUUCUGCGUUUUCCUUCGCUGUUUUUCCGACGUACCUAUCAUAAGAAGAAGGCGAUUAAGUCUGUUGUUUAAAAUAGGCUAGGUGUUUUAAUAGUUGCGUUGUAUCUUUUGUUAAAAUAGUUGGACUCAUUAAUUCCAUAAUAAUACCGGCCAGUCUCCGUCAAGCUUACGCAUAGCCGCCAAUAGGAAUACUGAUAAUAUAAAUUAGUAACUGUUAAUAAUUAAGCUGGUCAAUUCCGAUGCUGAUUUUGUGAUCCAAAAUGAUGAAAUUAGUUGACUGUUUAACUAACCAAAACUAAUGAGAGAACUAUUACAUUGAGAUAAUGAUACUCUA